GAGAGGGAGAAAUACAAAUCAUUGAGCAAAGUUUCAAUGGCUUCAAGGUCAUUAACAAGUUCAGAUGAGAAAUUAAGAGCUGAAGUUAAAAGGCUGCACGGGGAACUGGAAAAAUGUCACAAAAGCUGGGAGAAGAAAUUUGCCAUUUUGCAACAAAGUAUGUUUGCUCUGAAGGAGGAGAGCUACUUACGGCAGACUCUUCAGAAACAAGCAUCUCAGAUUCAUGUAGCUACAGUUAGUUAUUCAAAUGACUUGCCACCAGGGCUGUUGCCAAGGAGAGCUUCAUCAAAUGUGACCAAGCCACUG